GCGCGAUUUGCGAGUACCACGGCAAUCCGUUCAGGCGUCCCAGCCCCAUCACGGCUGCCAUCCUCAUGCUUUUAAGUAUGAAAGUAGAUCAUGCCGGAUAGAGACCAUGGUCUUCUCUUGGUACGGAGUACUUGAUCAUUUCUCAACAAUCUUCGAUUCCAUUAACCGUUUCACGGGAGAUUCCGUUCUCCGCAUUUGCACUUGCUGGUACGGACGUAACAUUUGAGGCCCAACGUCCGCAUAAAAGCUUCUUAGAUCUCAACACUGAGAAGUACGGACAGGCAAGUAUCAAUCCCUCUUUGCCGUCUUGGCCACGGCAGCUCUGCGCAUCCAAUGGCUCCCAAUCGCCUGCGCAUUGUUAUUGUCGGUGGUGGUGUCGCUGGUCUAGCAUUAGCAAGUGCACUGGAGAAGGCCGACAUUGACUACGUACUCUUGGAAGGUCGUCCGGACAUUGCUCCCUUCCUUGGAGCGUCCGUCGCUAUCACAGCAAAUGGUUUCCGAAUCCUAGAUCAGCUAGGAUGUGCCGGUACCAUCCAGAAUGCCACAGUCCCUAUGAGCUUCGUCCAAACCUGGGCCAUGAGAGACGGAAGACUCGUCACGCAGUGGGAGUCGAUGCUGGUCAUCUUGAAACGAAACGGAUAUCCCUUUUCUUUCAUGGAUCGACAUUUCCUUCUUAAGACCCUAUACGACAACAUCGAAGAUAAGUCCAAAGUACUUCUGGGCAAGAAGGUUUCCAGAGUCGACCACAGCAAGCAAGGAAUCUCCGUGCAGUGCAAAGAUGGGACAACGUACACUGGUGACAUUGCGAUCGGCGCCGACGGUGUGUACAGCAUUGUCCGCAACGAGAUGUGGCGCCACAUGGAUAUCGCGCAACCUGGCCUGCCCGCACAAGAGAGAAAGUUGAUGUCUGCAGAGUACAAGUGCAUGUACGGGGUGUCACGACCUAUUAAAGGCCACGAAGGUGACUGUGAUCCUGCAUACUUCCACCGAUGUGUCGGUCAGGACAUCUCCUCCAUGUGGAGCACGGCUAAUGACGGCCGAAUAUUUUGGUUCGUUUACGAGAAAUUGGACAAGGUAUAUCAUGUGCCCGAUAUCCCCAAGUUCACCGACCAAGACACUCUGGAUCUGGCGCAACGUUGCGCCCCAUUGUACCUUUCUGACAAGCUCAAGUUCUCCGACGUCUGGGAGAACCGAAUCAAGUACAUGUGUCUCCCGCUGGAAGAGGCCUUCUUCGAACAUUGGAGUUAUGGUCGCAUCGCUUGCAUCGGUGAUACCGCGCACAAGUGGACGCCAAACCUGGGUGCCGGAGCAAACAAUGCCAUCGAGGAUGCCGCCACAACCGCAAAUGCGCUUCACAUACUCUCCCAAUCCAAAACACCUCCUGACCACAAGGCUAUUGAAGCAGCACUAUCAGGCAUUCGCGAGCGCCGCAAGUUCAGAGCCGAGACAACGUCCAAGGCAACGAAUAUGACCACGAGACUGGAUGCUACCAAGGGUCCCAGGGAGAGGUGGAUGACGUACUAUAUGGUGCCUUGGUUCCUCAAGGAAUACCUGAUCAAUCGACAAUCGACGGGAGCCGUUGGUUCCGAAAAAGUGGACUACCUUCCAGAUCCGCCCCAGUCACUGUCGGGGACACAGGCUUUCAACCAUACCUAUAGCUCCGGAAAGAAGCCUUCAAUGCUUGGAAGAGUGAUUCCAGCCUUGCCUCUCUUGCUCCUAGCAUAUUGUGCAUCCACGAUCUUUUCCAACAUCAUCCAGCAUCCUGCGAUGGGGACGACUUUUCGAAAAGUCCUGCCUUCAGGCCAGCUCGAGUUCAAUGGCCAGACAUGGAAACUACCAACCAUGACUUCGCCGGUCAGCAUCAUGGUAACGUUCUUCUCACCUUCUCUCCUGAACGUCGAUCCGGUGCAGAGACUCCAGAUGAUCACCUUCAUAACCGACCUCGCACCACUAUGGCUGAUUUGGAUCUUCGAAAGUCACCGUCCCGCCAACGUCAUGACAUGGGCCUGGCUGCCAGUGAUAUUCGGUGCCGCGUUCCAGCUCAAGGGUAUAGGUAUCGUGGGACCAAUCUGGUUCUUCCUACAUUAUGUCCAGAGCCCACUCGGCAACUAUUCGGCGCUGGACUGGCGAAUGGUCAAUAUGGCAGCGGCCAAGACUGCUUUGGUCGCAGUCCUUGCAACGCUCGUCAUACCCACGUUCGCCAUGUACUUCUUGCCCGACCUUGAUCAACGCCUGCAAGUCAAUGUGGUUUGGCAGGUCUUCCCUAUUGUGACUGUCAUCUUCCACUACCUGCUACGAAAGCUCACUGUGUCGGAUACCACGAGAAUUGACCGACUGUACAAUGUGCACGCCGACCUGCCGUAUGUGCGAUUCGCCGUGUACACCCUCUCAGUCAUCUCAGCACUUACAUUCAAUUGGGUCCGCUUCACCUCGACGGCCUCCCUUGCGUCACUUAUUCUCCCUAAUUGGAAUGUCAUCAACGCAUUGUUCCGUUCUGAGCCCGUCGAUCUCGACUUUCCAGCAGCUACAAAGGUGUUUCUGCAGGUCGAUGGGGUUGUGUGCUUUGGUGCCGCCUUUGUCUGGUUGGCGUUGCUGAUUCAUGAUCUGAAGAAAGCGGAGAUGACGAACACUGCCUGGUGGAAGAUUGUGGCGUUUGCGGUUGGUGGCACGGUAGUGGCUGGCCCUGGCGCGGUGGUGGCGCUUGCAUGGCUUCGGAGAGAUGAAAUACUCGCGACGAAGAAGACCAAGGGGUCUGUGGGUGACACUUACGUGGUCAACAAGUCAGGCCCUACAGCAAGUGAACUUGCUAGGCUCCAGAAUUUCCUUAGCAAGAAAUGAGGGGAGGUACUUGACUGCUACCUUAGAUCUGCAGUCCUAUCGACAUCUUCGAUAGGACCACUCCUUAGUAUCUGUUAAGCCACGAAGCCUUAGCAUAGUUCCUCCUAUUAUGUGUAUCUACGCAUUUGUUUGUGUUUCGAAUCCGCU